UGCGCCCCCAGACAUGAUCAAAGGGAAAUCAAGGAUCGGCAACUUCAUGCUCCACAUCAUCCAGCAGUUGAUGUCAAUUCACUCAUUGUCAAAAGCCCUUCCUUGACUGAUAAUCCAAGGCUCUCACUCCGCUUGCAUCUACAACCAUGCACUUUCUUGCUCUUCUUCCUCUAUUAGCCACUUCGGCUUCAGCUCUUGCUUUUCCCGGUGCUGAAGGAUUUGGCCGCAACGCUGUUGGUGGACGAGGCGGUUCAGUCUAUGUCGUCACAAAUCUAGACAAUGCGGGUCCUGGCUCUCUGCGAGACGCCGUCUCAAAACCGAACCGGAUAGUCGUAUUUUCUGUCGGCGGCCUCAUUAACAUCACUGACCGCAUUGUCGUAUCCAAACGCGUGACCAUCCUAGGACAAACCGCCCCCGGUGGCGGAAUAACAGUCUAUGGAAAUGGCUGGAGCUUCAGCAAUGCCGACGACGCCAUCGUACGCUAUAUUCGUAUCCGCAUGGGCAAAAAGGGAAGCAGUGGUAAAGACGCUAUCACUAUAGCAGAAGGACACAACAUGAUUUUCGAUCACGUUUCUGUCUCGUGGGGCCGCGACGAGACUUUCUCCAUCUCAGGCUCUGAAGUUGGAAACAUCACGGUACAAAACAGCAUCAUAGCCGAGGGUCUAGAAACGCACUCGUGUGGUGGCUUGAUGCAGACUGCUCUCGGUAAUGGCAUCAGUCUAUUUCGUAACUUGUACAUUGACAACAAGACGCGAAACCCUAAAGUCAAGGGUACAAAUGAUUUCACCAACAACGUGAUUUACAAUUGGGGCGGUGGGGGUGGUUACAUUGCUGGCGAUUCGAGCGAAAGGAGCGAGGCAAACAUUGUUGGGAAUUACUUUAUCAGUGGACCCAGCACAACCGUUCCGGCUUUCACGCGGGGCAACGAUUUAUUCAACGGAUUCGUCCAGGGCAACUUUUACGAUUCUGGCAAAGACGGCGUGCUGAAUGGAAAGGAGCUGGGUGUCACCAAGGAAAACUAUGGUGGCAUGAACAUCAAGGGGGCCAAGUUCGCAUACCCGGCUCCGGCAAAGAUCUUGUCGGCAAACGAGGCGCUGGCACUUGCAGAGAAGGGUGCAGGUGCAAGUAAAGUCCGUGAUUCGGUUGAUCAACGGCUCAUUGCUGAGUUGAAGAGUUAUGGCAAGCUGGGACAAUUGAUUAGCGAUGAGAAUGCCGCUCCGAUGAACGGCCCAGGAACUAUCGACGGAGGAAAGAAGUGGGUGGAUGCAAAUGGCAACGGGAUACCAGAUGAUGUCGAGUCGCAGUUUAAAAACGUGGAGGACUGGGCUAAUAGUUUGGUGCCGGUUUCGUACUAGGUCGAACGGUUUCUUUUCUUGUAUAUAUUUCCUAGAAGUAUGAUAGUUGGUGCAUCGACUAUAUGGGCUAUUUCUAAAGUGACUUGAUACAGGAAUUUUUCCACAGAAAAAGUGAAGUAGUCGAUCAACGGGAAAAUCUCAAGAAAGCUUCUUGGGCACUAAAACUUGAAAACUUCUUAUUAAGAUGGUACAUGAAUUGAGAAGGAAUUGUUUUU